AUGUCCCAGUCGUAUUUCCCUGCUCAGCCUGCGACGCCCGUGCUGGCUGGCCAGGAUGUGCAGUCUGCCGAGCCGGCCGAGUCGCACCUUGCCGACGUCAAGCGCCACUACAUCGAGACUAAGGAUAGGCUCCUAGGCGCGCUGGACGCGAGCAAGGAUAUUCUGAACGAUAUUCGGAUCUUCAACAAGGAUGCCUGGACCGUCCGCUACCCUCAUUUCCGCGACACGACCCCCUCCGAAGUACCCUCGACGGUCGCCUCGCCUUCUCGCCGCAAGAGCUACCGCCGUUCGCUCUCCUUUGCCGACGAGCCGGCCGUAGAGACCGAAGUCGUGAUCACGCCCUCGGCCUCCGCGUCCUCGACGACGAUCUCCUCCAUCUCUGAGGUCUCCGAGGAGCCGGCGGAUGCACUCCCUGAGGGCGAGAACGAGGCUGCGAAUGGAGACAGGCUUAUCCCGGCCAGCGAAGUCUCGGACGACUUCCGCGUUUUCCGCCUAGACCUCAAGCUUGGCCAUGCCGGCGCCCAGCAGCUCGUGCACCAGCUCGAGCGUGCAAGCAUUGCCAACUUGCUCGACGACCGUCUCACGGCUUCCAUGACGCACCUCGACAAGCUCCGUGUUCGCGUGGAGGACACCAGCUCGAAGGUGCUCGUCACGGGAGACCUUAACGCCGGCAAGAGUACGCUCGUCAACCGCCUGCUCAGCCGCGACGUUAUGCCCGUCGACCAGCAGCCGUGCACGUCGUCCUUCUGCGAGGUCCAUGACGUAGCGGAGAACAACGGCGUCGAGGAGGUCCACAUCGUCAAAGAUGUCGCCGCGUACGACGUCAGCGACGAAAGCACCUAUGAGCGUCUCCCGCUCGAAGAGCUCGAGCGCAUCAUCGAUGAGGCGGACGCUGAGGAGCAGCAGCCUCUUCUCAAAGUCUACCUCACCGACGCUCGUACGAUCGACACGUCGCUCCUCAAUAACGGACUUGCCGACAUUUCUCUCAUCGAUGCUCCCGGCUUGAACCGCGACAACAGCAAGACCACCGCCGUCUUCGCCCGUCAGGAGGAGAUCGACGUCGUUGUCUUCGUCGUCUCCGCCGAAAACCACUUCACGCUCUCCGGCAAGGAGUUCCUGAGCGCCGCGGCCAACGAGAAGGCGUACAUCUUUAUCGUCGUCAACAAGUUCGACGCUAUCCGCAACAAGGACAAGUGCCGCCGUCUCGUGCUCGAGCAGAUCAAGCAGCUCAGCCCGAGGACGUACGAGGAGGCCGGCGAACUGGUCCACUUCGUUGACUCCGUCACCGGCCCGGGCGCUCCGGCAUUCGAAGCGCUCGAGGCGGCGCUAAGGAGCUUUGUCCUCGUUAAGCGCGCAAAGUCCAAGCUCACGCCCGCCGCGACGUACCUCUCGCACCUCCUCGGCGACGUCGAGCUUCUCGUUGGCGCCAACCGCCUCGUGGCCGCGAACGAGCUCGCCAAGGCCGAUGCACAGCUCGCGCAGAGCAAGCCCGUGCUGGAGAAGAUGAAGGCUGGACGGGACAAGCUCGAGAGCGCGCUUGAGGCCGUCGAGGAGGACGGAACGCGCGAAGCUGGACUCGUCACGUCCAAGACGCUCAACUCUGCGCUCGACUCGGUCGCGCAGGGUGCGCCCGCUGAGGGAGUCAGUCUCCCGCCUUACCCCGGUCUUCUCAACGUAUGGGACUACGCCAUGGACGUCCGUCGUGCACUGCUCGCUUCGCUCGAUGCUGCCGUAUCACGCGCUGAGGAUGCUGCACGCAAUAUCACGUCGAAGGGCGUCAGCACUGUCGCUGAGCUUGCAGAGGAGCAUCUCCCGGCCGACGUCGAGAGGAGCAAGCGUGUGUUCAUGCCCCAGGCCAUGUUCGCCGUCUCCGGACGUCGCAAGAGCGUCGCGUCCGUUGGACUCGGGUUGUCGGUUGCGCACAAGGACAUGCUGGAGCCCAACCUCGCCGAUUUCUUCGAUCUGCAACACGCGCUGUUCGUUCAUCUUGGACAUGCUACGUCCGACGAGGAAGACGUCGUUAAGCACGACGAGCUCGAUGUUGCCAACCCGACUAUGCUCUCCGUCGUCGGGCUCGGCGUCGGCGCGCUUACUAUGGUCGGCGGCCAGGCCGUCGGAGCCCGCGCGCUCGUCGAGGGCGUCGUACGCGUCGCGGAUCUGCUCGGCAACGAGAAAGCCAGGCAGUGGGUCGCGCCCGUGCUCGGUCUCACGGUCCUCGGCGGCAUCGCCUACGUCGUCAUGGAGCUCCCCUCGACGAUCCCGCGCAACAUCGGCCGGUCGAUCAGGCGCGAGCUCGUGCGCACCAAGGACGGUGAGGAGCGCUGGGUGGACGUGAAUGCCGCGCGCGUCAGCAGGGAGAGCAGGAAGGUGUUGCGAUUGGCGAGCUGGGAUUUGCGGGCGAGGUUCAAGGAUGCUGUGGAGGAUAAGGCGAAGAUUGUGAGGGGCGCGGAGGAGGAGAGGAGGAGGGCGGAGAGGGCGAGCGCGUUCUUUGAGGGCGUUGCGAGGAGGGCGGGGUGUGUGAGGGAGGAUGCGGGGAUCGUUGCUGUUUGA